CAGAACCUAUCUCUGCCAGACAGCCAGCUCUGCGACCCCACGUCCACAAGCAGCCAGAGAAGACCACCCGAGUCCGGACUGUCCUUAAUGAAAAACAGCUUCACACCUUGAGGACCUGCUACGCUGCCAACCCCAGACCCGACGCCCUCAUGAAAGAGCAACUGGUAGAAAUGACUGGCCUCAGCCCGAGGGUCAUCAGGGUUUGGUUUCAAAACAAGCGGUGCAAGGACAAAAAAAGGAGCAUUAUGAUGAAGCAACUUCAGCAGCAGCAACCCAAUGACAAAACUAAUAUCCAAGGGAUGACAGGAACUCCUAUGGUGGCUGCUAGUCCGGAGAGACAUGACGGUGGUUUGCAGGCGAACCCGGUGGAGGUGCAGAGUUACCAGCCGCCCUGGAAAGUACUGAGUGACUUCGCAUUGCAGAGUGACAUAGACCAACCUGCUUUUCAGCAACUA